UUUCACUGACAGUAUAACUUUUCUUUAUUCUUAGAAUGCUAUUGGUCCUGCCACUAACCAUACAGUAUAUACGCACCGAACAUGUCGCAAACGAAUUUUCUGGAUUAGAUCCUAGGAUCUUCGACUCUGGCAAUCUGCUAAAACCGCAUCAUCAUGAGCCAGCCAUGACGGCCAAUCAUACGCCGCCGAAUCAAACACUGGGCUUCAGCCUCGAGACGCAGGGCUUUGCCACAAAUCGAGUCGUAUCCAAGCAUUACCGAGGCGUCGUCGAGACAGACCGAGCACAAUCCCAGCCAGACAGAACCGUAUUCCAGCAUGACAGGAGCGCACCCCUUGCAAGAUCCGAACCCAACAAGCCAUCGUAAUCAUUCGACCUGGCCAUCGACAACAAGGACUUUCCCUAUGGCAACCAAGGGAGAGGUUGUUGCAUUUAUGUUAAAGAUAGAUCAAAAUGCUUUCGACUUGUUUAUUUAUUUAUACUAAGCUAAGUUUUGAUGAAUAAAGCUAUUGAAAAAACA